CCCAGACACCACACUUGUUCAGCUGAGUUUUCUUUUUAGAUUCAACAAGAGAACAAGAGUGACAUUCUGGAAUUUCUUCCAUUUCGCUCACCAACGACGUUCACCGACGGUCUUCUCCACCGCGUCAAUGUUGUUGUUAUCAUCAUCCAGGUUUCGUUCUUCUUCUUCUUCUAAUUUCACCUUUCUUAUUAUUCCCUUCUUAAGAACAAGACUAUACUCUCACUCUAGAUCUGUUCCCAAUCAUGUUCAUGAUGCUGUUUCCUCAUUCCACCAUAUGAUUCGUAUGAAUCCUACCCCAUCCAUCAUCGAAUUUAACAAGAUUUUAGGUUCCCUUGUUAAGUCUAACAAUAACCAUUACACCACUGCUAUUUCUCUUUUUCACCAAUUAGAAUUCAACGGAAUUAUUCCUGAUAUUGUUACUUUGAGUAUCUUGAUCAAUUGUUACUGUCAUCUUGGUCAAAUGAAUUUUGCCUUUUCUAUAUUUGGCAAUAUUCUUAAGAUGGGUUUUCAGCCAAAUACCGUCACCUUGAAUACACUUGUCAAAGGUAUGUGUCUUAACGGUAAAGUCAAGGAAGCUCUACACUUUCACGACCAUGUGAUUGCACUUGGAUUUCCCUUGAACCAAGUUACUUAUGGUACUUUGAUCAAUGGCUUGUGUAAAAUGGGAAAAACAACUGAAGCCUUACAAGUGUUGAGAAAGAUUGAUGGGAAAUUGGUUAACACUGAUGUGGUAAUGUAUAGCACAAUCAUUGAUAGUUUGUGUAAAGAGAUAUUGGUGACUGAGGCUUAUGAGUUAUAUUCUCAAAUGAUUGUAAAGAAAAUUUCUCCCAAUGUUGUUACUUUGAGCUCUCUAAUAUAUGGAUUUUGCAUUGUUGGUCAACUGAAAAAAGCAUUUCGUUUGUUCCAUGAAAUGCUAUUGACAAACAUCCACCCAAAUGUUUAUACUUUUAAUAUAUUGGUUGAUGCUCUUUGUAAGGAAGGAAAUGUGAAAGGAGCUAUGAAUCUGUUAGCCGUUAUGAUGAAAGAAGGUGUAAUACCGGAUGUAGUUACCUACAAUUCAAUAAUGGAUGGACAUUGCCUAGUGAUGAGUCAUUUAUUGACU